AUACGAGACUGCGAGAGAAAAUGGAAUCAGGACACUUCAAACAGAAACUGAUCAAACAUCUGUUAGGAAUUUAAACGACAGAGACCUCUUCAGAUUCAGAGAAAAAAUUCAACCACUGUUGCAAACAGAAGCGCUGAGACAUGAAUCUGUAUGCUCAUGACCUCUCUCUUUUCGAUUUCGCUAAUUUCUCCGAUCCGAUUAUCGACCAUCAUCCUCUUCGCUCUUCUUCAUCAUCCAAUUUCUUAAUCCAUGAAAGUUAUGACUCAAGUGAUGAUGGUGAUAAUAAUAGCUACGGCGAAAAAAUUAAUGGAAAUUCGGUGAUGCCCAGGCCAAAAAGUCCGCCUAGGCACCGCCAUGACGGAACAUCACCUCUGCCUUUGGGGAUAGACUGGAGUCUUCCUCCUCGCAAAUGGGAUGGACGGGUCUCUAUUUGGCCACAUGACCCUCAUACAGGAUGGAGUUACUGUGUUACAGUUCCUUCUUGGACUUUUCUGCGAAAUUCAGGAGGUUCAGAUCCUGUGGUGUUUUACAGAGUCCAAGUUGGUAUACAAUCACCAGAAGGGAUCACCACCACUCGAGGGAUUUUGAGAAGAUAUAGUGAAUUCCUAAAGCUACUUUCUGAACUUAAGAAGACAUUUCCUGGGAAAACUCUACCUCCAGCUCCUCCAAAGAGCAUUUUCAGAAGGACAAGCGGGAGAUUACUGGAAGAGCGAAGAUGUUCUUUGGAGGAUUGGAUGGAAAAGCUAUUAUCAGAUAUUGAUGUAUCUAGAAGUGCUCCAGUUGGAACAUUUCUUGAACUAGAAGCUGCUGUGAGGUCAUUUUUUGACGAUGCAAAUCAGCAAAACCUAGAUGCAAAUUCUUCUGCUAGUGAUAUAGAUCCAUCAGCUCAAUUUCAAACCAACUCAGAUGUUUCUGUGCUGGCUGGUAGUUCAUUAAUUGCAUCUGAUUGUGGCAAUGGUUCUCCUGAGAUAUCGGAACUUGGAACUCCAAGGCAUGCAAGAGAUAGUAGUGUUGAUUUUGGCAUGGAGACUUCAACAUCCGAACAUUAUUUAGCUGAUCCAAUUGAAACAACUGGCAAAUAUGGCAUAUUUAACAGAAAAUCUAUUCUGGACAACCUAGAAAAAUUUUCCUGGCGUAAAAUCCGCACUGGAAAGGAGAAAAAUAUUAUAAGUGGAGAUGAACUUCCAGAGAAUUUAUCUGCAGCUACAUCUUUUCUUGGGGAUAGAAAUGAACCUUUGCCUGGACUAGAGUAUCAAAGAUUGGAUGGUCAUGUGCGAAGACUGUCAACAGGGAGUAUUGGUAGUGACUUAAGUUCUGUAAAAGCUAGUGAAGUUUCUAAUUUUGGGGUUCACGGUUUGUUUGGUGAUGAUUCCCUUGACGUGCUCGAAAGUGCUGGAACUUCUAAAAUAAUUGAUGCUCCAGCAAACUCAAAUUCACAGUUCCGAAAGGACUUACUAGUUGCCCUUCGAUCUGAUGAACGUCUGAAGUUGAAUAGGGUUCUUCAUACUGUGCAACAGAGACUAGCUACAGCAAAAACAGACAUGGAGGAUCUUAUAGCCAGAUUAAAUCAAGAAGUUGCCAUGAGGCAAUUCCUGACGACAAAGGUUAAAGAUUUGGAAGUGGAUCUUGAGACUACUAGGAAUAAUUGUAAAGAAAACAUGCAGCAAGCUGUUUUAAAUGAAAAGGAAAGGUUUACGCAAAUGCAAUGGGAUGUGGAAGAACUCCGUAGGCAGUGUUUGGAGUUGGAGCUGAAAUUAAAAUCUGAGCAG